ACAGAAUUCGUGCCAGAAUGCAAUUCUUUUUGUUCAUAUUCCCUUUUAUUUAAUUUCCAAUUAUUCAAUUCGUACUCUCCAUUACCUCUACCUCGCGUGGGCAUUCCCCUAACAUUACCUCCACCAUAGGAUAUCCGCACCUGAACAAGUUCUUCACCGAGUCGUUCUUCUUUGUCUUCCGUACUCAAUUGCUUAUAAUUCACAAUUAGUUAUGAAUUCUUUCUGUUGAGACCGUGUUUUGUAACUGGCCUCAAAGUCUGAAAUUUUCCCGGUUUCUUAGUAUUGGAAACAAUCCAAAGACUUUGUUCUCACACAUUGUCCCACGUGUUAUUCAUUUCAUUACUCCUUGUACGCAUUCAUUCAUUCUUAUUUAUUGCAUUUUGUUAUUUCAAACAACAAUAUCUUCAUAGAACUGUUCUCGCUUGUUCAUUUUACUAUUAGAUAUCUGACAGCAUCAAUUACAUUUACUCAAGGAUGAACAAAGCGAACUCCGUGGACACGACGCCAAAGAUUGUCACACUGUACAAACAAGUGUUGAAUCCGCAGACUUCUGCAGAUGAAUUUGAUGACCUAUUUUGGCGAGAGUUUUUUCUGCUACAAGACCACGUAGAAGAAUUGAGGACGCUAUUGUCAGAAUUCAAUGACAACGAUGUAUAUCAUUUGCGGCACAAGUUGCGAAGUAUGUUUUCGUGUGUCAUUGUGCUCCUAUCUCAACCUUCUGAAGAACGACGGGUAAUAAACGCAUUCAAGACGCUGUCUGUUGUUUUCCAAGAUCUUUCUGCACGAAAAGUGCCUGAUUUUAGUCUUACCGUGAUCAGCUUUUUUGGCGGCAUUGACAAAAUCGACGAGAGCUUCUCGCGAUUUGUAUUUAACUUGGGUUCCCUAGUAUUAAAGAAAAUGAAUACGGACUUUGGUGUGCAAGCACUUCUUUUCUUACGAAAAACGGUGUUCUUUCUGUAUCCAACGACUCUAAUCUCACAUGUGUUCGAUGAUGACACUGUAUUUCGUGCACUUUACUCAAUCGUAGAAGCAAAAGCAGAGGGAAUAGACAUUGCAGUUACCACCCUUGGUCUGCUAUCGGCAUGCGAUCGAUUCGAAGUUAUGAAUACAUGUCGCGUAAAGUUAUCCCAUGUCACCGACGAAGGGUUUAUGACGAAUUAUCUGUUGAGCGUGUCAAAGGCGAUGUCAAGCCUAUGCGAUACAUACCGUGAAAUUAAACCAGAGGUUUCCAAUACUAGUGGGUUUUUCUCCUUCUUAUCGUUUUCUCGUACAGUCUAUCCGCCGACUGAGGAACAGGAAACCGCAUUUUCUGCCUUACCUGAUGACCGUACCUUGUACGUAAUUGCUCUUUACGAAAUGGCUACAUGUAACAAAGUUUUUCUAUUGCUUCUUUUUGACAUGCGCCCUUCAGACACUGAAAGCUGUCCACUCUCUAACUUGAUAUCACUGGCAUCAUACAUUGGAGCUCAUCAGCGAAGCUCGCCGAUUGCUGGACGGGUAUCGGUGGUUUUCCUUAACCUGCUUCAUUUUAUGACUGACAAAACCUUCUUUGUCAACAAUCUACUGAACGAGGACAUGUCCAUCAGUCCUACGUUGUGUAGCCAAAGGUUACCUACUUUAACAUUCCCUUCUGCACCCGCGCCUCCAUUAGUCUUUAUGUUGGAUGUUGUUGUGAUAUCUUUACAGCAUAAUUUGAAGCGCAAUCUCAACUGUAUAAUGUACAACCUUUCCUUUUCGUAUAUACGACAUGCAAUAUUUCUUCUAUUCGAUGAAGGAUUACGGCUUCAUUAUCACUGGAAGGAACUUUGGCGGACGCUAUUCUUUUGUCUUCACUUUUUCGCUAGUCUCUACCGAACCGAAGUGUCGCCGUCCGCAGUCGUAAAUGAGACAGUUGAUAUAUUCUUUGGACUGCUCGGCUUUGUAAUAUCUGAAAGUGGUUCUGUUGUAGAGACUACCGAGGAAUUGGUCGAUCUACUUUACAAACUCGUGCAUGGCACGACUGCGAUAAGAACGUUACUAGAAAAGCGGGACUGGAAGAAUAAGUCAUGUAUGGAACUUUUGCUUAAACUCUCGGACGAUUUGACAGGUGGUGCUCCCAGCGGUGAAAUCGUCGUUACUGAUGAUUUAUUGUCUGUCAUUCAAAAGCAUACUGAAAGUUUGCAAAUCCCCAGCGACUUAAAAAACAUUCAUGAAGUUAUAUUUACGGAACGCAAUUCCAAAUCGAUGUACAAAAUACUAUGUCGUGAAUUAGCAGAUACCGCUUUGGGUACUAAAGACAUGGCCUACGAACACGAAAAAUAAUGACAGCUUUUUCAUUCUCUUAAUGUGCAAAGCUAAUUACUCUUCUACGAAAUGGUAUCAACAAACUCCUGACGAUGGAAUUGAGUCCUUUUGUUAUGUUUUGUAUAACAUCCUAACUUAAUAGACAAUUAUAGAAUUGAUAAUAUGAACUGAGGUGUGAGUGUAUUAACGUCCACUACUUUAAUAAACAUUUCAUAGGGUUAGUAGCUGUUCUAGAGACAAAGACGUUUUAAAAGUGUACUUUGGAAUUAUUGUAUUUCUGCAAAGGUUACCUAUUUAUCCAGUAAUGAAUUGGCAGUUAAGGAGUUAAUAAACGAA